CUUGUCAAUACACAAAAAAAAGCGAAGUGGAGAUUGAAGUGCAGGCUAUUUACUAAGUUUCGAUAUUACCAAGGUUUAGCUGAAAUUAUUUUUGCAAAAUGAGUGUCGAAGAAGAAGUUUUCAAAAUACAAAAGAAGAUGGGCAAAAUCACAACCGAUGAUGGCACCGGACAAGAGCAAGCGCUGGAUCUAUUAAAAGCAUUACAGUCUCUAAACAUAAAUCUGGAAAUUUUAACAAAGACCCGCAUUGGCAUGACAGUCAAUGAGUUACGGAAAAGUAGCAAGGAUGAAGAGGUCAUAGCUCUAGCCAAAACACUUAUUAAAAGUUGGAAGCGUUUCUUAGCUCCACCGGCUUCUGGUGGAAAGGAUUCUAGUAAAUCGAGUAAAUCAUCAAGUUCAUCUAGCAAAGACAAGGAGAAAUCAUCUUCUUCUUCAUCCUCGAAAGAUAAAAAAGAAGAAAAGAAAUCCUCUUCCUCAUCGUCGUCAUCCAGCAAGGAUGACCGCAAAUCCACACAGACCUCUUUCCCAGCAUCUUCCGGCUUACAUGAUGCGGUGCGCAUCAAGUGUCGUGAAAUGCUCUGUAACGCCCUCAAAGUGGGUGAAAUUCCUGAAGGCUGUCCUGAUCCCGAAGAAAUGGCAGCCGAAUUGGAAGAAGCCAUUUAUGCUGAGUUCAAAAACACCGACAUGAAGUACAAAAAUCGCAUACGCUCACGUGUGGCCAACUUGAAAGAUCCCAAAAAUCCCACACUGCGGGGAAAUUACAUGUGCGGAGCCAUCACCGCACAGAAACUAGCCAAAAUGACCCCCGAAGAAAUGGCCAGCGAUGAAAUGAAGAAGCUGCGCGAGAAAUUCGUCAAAGAAGCAAUUAAUGACGCUCAAUUGGCCACAGUCCAGGGCACCAAAACAGAUCUGCUUAAGUGCGGCAAAUGCAAGAAACGUGAUUGCACAUACAAUCAGCUGCAGACGCGUUCUUCUGAUGAACCUAUGACCACGUUCGUACUGUGCAACGUUUGCGGCAACCGCUGGAAGUUCUGCUGAAACCAUCAAACUGCCUACGCCACCAGCAUUGGAGACAAUUUAACUGCAACCAACGACCGUACCAUUAAUUCCCUCUUAAUGUUUUUUACUUUAAAUUAAUAAUUUAAUUAAUGCGCGCUCGCUGUGCGCAAUUUGUGUAUUAGAAACCUAAUUUCUGCUUUAUUUUUGUAAGUUGUAGUUUUUAGUUGUGAUGAGCACGUGUGAAAGAAAAACAAAAACAAAAAAUAUCAAAACAAACGAAUGAUAACAUUUGUGAAGUAUGACCGGGAAUAUAUUUCUUAUAAUUCUGUAGUUUCCCAACAGACCCAAAGCAAAGAUAAACAAAACAAUAUAUUUAUUUAUUGUGAAAUUAUGAAUUGAAUAUUUUGUCCUUAAUUAGUAGACAUUCAACCAAUUAUGUUCCCCCGAUCCCGAAUACUUCUUUAUUUUAUAACCGAGUUAUCCUUUGUCUUUCCAAUUCGGUUUUUGGAGAGUGAGAUAAAGUCGUUUUGGUUUUAUGCUAAAGAAAAACAUUAGUACUUUUAAAAUUGAGACAAUUCUCAAAGUGAAAUGUAAAUCUAUAAACUUUAUUGAAAACAAUAAAUUACAAAACAAAAAU